AUGCCUCCUCCUCCGUCGCGCCCCUCGAUGACUGCGCCAUGCCGUGCGCCGGCGACCCGCUCACGCACUGCGGGCGGACCCAACCGCCUCACCCUCUACGAGGACCCGGCACGCGCCUCGACGCCGCCUCGCGAGCCCCGCCAGCCUGCAUUUGCGGGCGACUUUGUCUGGUUUGGGUGCCGCACCGAACCGACGGGGGCCCGCGCGCUGUCGGGCAAGGAGCGCGCGGCGGACGACAUGACGAAUGAGUCGUGCGCUGCGUUUUGUGAGGGGUUCGCCAUGUUCGGCACCGAGUACGGGCGCGAGUGCUUCUGCGGCGACGAGCUGCACGCCGGGGCCGCCGAGGCGGCCGAGGAGCAGUGCAGCAUGCUCUGCGCGGGGGCGGACGACGAAUUCUGCGGCAACGGCAACAGGCUCUCCGUGUAUGUGAGGCAGGAGGACGAGGCAUGA